AGCAGAAAUGAGAGGUAGAUGUGAAUCCGGGACCGCUGAUAUGAAUGCAUUUUAAAUAUAAUCUGCAAAGGAGCGUAGAGUGAAACUCAGAACACCAUGGCUGAAUCUAAGAAACUUCACAUAACCAUGUUCCCAUGGGUAGCCUUUGGUCACAUAAUCCCUUUCUUAGAACUCGGUAAGCUCAUAGGCCGAAAGGGUCAUCGCGUUUCAUUCAUAUCCACUCCGAAAAACAUAGAACGUCUUCCAGAGAUCCCUCCAGAUAUAGCCACUUCGCUAACUUUAGUGAAACUUCCCUUACCCCAUGUAGAGAAUCUGCCAGAAAAUGCAGAGGCCACCAUGGACGUACCAUACCACUUAGUUCCUUACCUUAAGAUAGCUCAUGACGGUCUCCAAGAACCUUUGUCUCGUUUCUUAGAAAGUUCGACUCCUGAUUGGAUUAUUCACGACUUUGCACCUCAUUGGUUACCACCAAUUGCCACUAAGUUGGGCAUCCCACGAGUGUUCUUCAGUAUAUUCAGGGCAUCAUCCUUAUGUUUCUUUGGACCAUUAAAGGGCAACACAGAUACUACUGCACGAACCGAGCCGGAGCAAUUCACCGUCCCUCCCAAAUGGGUUCCUUUCCCAUCAAAAAUGGUGUUUCGGGUCUUUGAGGCGAAGAAACUUCUAGACAACUUCGAUGAAAACGCUUCAGGUGUUUCAGAUUGGGCACGUUUGGUGUCAGCAGCCUCAGGCGCUGAAGCCGUGGCAAUUAAAACGUGCGUGGAGAUCGAAAGUGAGUGGGUGAAGCUCCUUAGUGACCUUUAUGAAAUGGAUGUAAUUCCAGUAGGCUUACUGCCGCCCUCGACGGAAGAAAGCAGAAACGAGAGAGAUAUCACUUGGGAUACGAUUGUUGAGUGGUUAGAAAAACAAGAGAAAGGGUCAGUGGUUUUCAUAGCACUCGGAACGGAAGCCCAACCAAGUCAACAAGACUUUAUCGAGUUGGCUCUCGGGAUAGAGCAAUCGGGGUUGCCCUUUUUUUGGGUUAUAAGAAGGCAAAGUGACUCAGUUGGUGGGGAUUCGGUUGAGCUACCAGAAGGGUUUGAGGUCCGAACCAAACGUCGUGGGGUUGUUUGGACAAGUUGGGCACCCCAGUCAAGGAUAUUAGCUCACGAUUCAGUUGGGGGAUUUCUUACCCACUGUGGUUGGAGCUCAGUAUCAGAGGCACUCCAAUUUGGAGUCGCACUUAUUAUGUUGCCCUUUUGGACCGACCAAGGAUUAAUUGCAAGGUUUUUGGAAGACAGGCAGGCAGGAGUUGAGGUACCAAGAAAUGAGCAAGAUGGGUCAUUUACCAGGGACUCGGUGGCUCAAACAAUGAAGUUGGUGAUGAAGGAAGCGGACGGACAAAUUUACAGGGACAAAGUCAAGGAAAUGACCACCAUAUUUGGGGACAAGGACCUUCAGCACCAAUAUGUAGACAAAUUUGUUGAUUUUCUUGAGAAAAAGGGGCAUGUCUCUUAAUCAGAUUAGAUUGUAUGGAUAUCUAUCUGUAUUUUAAUCACCUUAUAACUUCAAGUGUUAUGUGUAUUUUUUUCAAUACUCAAAUUAUUACGGAUCAAUGCAUAUAUAUGGUUUAGAUUA